AUGGGAGAAAAAGAAAGUGAGGAACUUCAAAGUGAUCAGGACGAAUCAACAGAAUCGGAAACGUGGAUAUCCUGUGCAGGUCACCUUCAAUAUCUUAAGUCGCAACUAUGUGUAAGCGAAGAAAUUGCCAAUGAAAUUGAAUCCACUGAAAAUGUCAAUGAAGAAUAUUUCUUGAUCAGAAUAAAAGAAUUCACCAAGCAGGUAAAAGAAUCCUCAAGCCAUCCCCUGAAGCUAUCAUCCAUCGACCAACCUGACAGAAGUAUCUUAUCAGAGUUGGACCACAUCAACCGAUCCUGCAACAAUAUCCAAGUACUACCAGGCUUACAAAUGAAAGUCACAAGCAUUCAUCAAUCCAGCAUGGUUUAA